AUUUAUAUAGAAAUCUACAACAGAGACGCGGCUCUUUACGGCUGGACUCCAAACUUUGAAUUCCCCAUGCAAAAGAUGUUUCUGUCUGCUCUUGGCUAAUUGGCACUUGGCUGUUGGAAGUUGCCUGUCUGGUUUCUGCUCUCGGAUCUGGGAUCGCUAAUCGUUGUGUUGACCCCACUGCAGUCCGCAUUUGGCGCUGAUCAAGAACGGAGGAUGGGUUGUCGCAAUCUGAGUCCCAUUUCCACAUCCACCUGUGUGUAUCUGCAUCUCCUGGUGCUGCUUCCACUGCUGGCAGUUGAGGCCUCACCAGCUAUAAGCCCGCAGUCGCAGCGUGGUAUCAUCUUUCCCAAGGAUUCCUUCGAUGAGUGCUACCUGGAUGAAUCCCGCAGCAGGAUGGGAAGUUGCCGGCGCAUGGAGGACUGUCCUGGUGCCCUGAAGGGCUGGCUGGAGAGGCGCGAGGCACCCAAGACCUGUUACUUUGUCAAGUUCGACCACUUCGUGUGCUGCGAUGUUGCUGCGGAGGUUACCACCGCAGAGCCACCAACGCUGCCACCCACUCCCAAUCCCUACACAGUUCCACUGAAGACGCGACCCAGUUUGCAAGCGUGCUACGAUACCAACAAGGUCAAGAAGAUCAACGAGAACGAUAUAACAUUCGUGUUCUCGGUUGUGGGAGGGAAGCCCACCGCUUACCGGGAAUACCCCUUCAUGGCUGCUCUUGGCUGGCGCUCCAACUUCGAUCAGCAGAUAUACUACCGAUGUGGCGGCGCCCUGAUCUCCAGCACAUUUGUUUUGACGGCAGCCCACUGUGCCGAUUUGGGCGGUGAACCGCCCAGUCAGGUUCGCCUCGGUGGCGAUAACUUAACUUUAACGGAAGGCGAAGACCUCUUCAUCCGUCGAGUGAUCAUUCAUCCGGAGUACAAUGCCAGCACGGCCUACAACGAUAUUGCGCUUCUUGAGUUGGAAACCGCUGCCAAGCCGGAACUCAAGCCCACCUGCCUUUACUCGGAGAAGGAGCUGGCGAACACGCUGGUCACGGCCAUCGGAUACGGACAGACGAGCUUCGCAGGACUCUCCUCCGCCCAGCUGCUAAAGGUGCCGCUCAAGAGCGUGAGCAACGAGGAAUGCCAGGUCCAUUACCAGGUGGACCAGCUGGCCCAGGGAUUGCUGAGCACCCAGCUAUGUGCGGGCGAUAUAUCCGGCGAACGGGACACGUGUCAGGGCGAUUCUGGUGGACCUUUGAUCAUGCAGGACGGGCCACUCGGCUACAUUGUGGGCAUCACAUCGCUGGGACAGGGAUGCGCCAGUGGACCGCCGUCGGUGUAUACCAGGGUCUCGAGCUUCGUCGACUGGAUAGAGGGCAUUGUCUGGCCAGAAGGUUUCAAGCCUUCUCAGGAAACUGAAAUCCCCACAAAACGUAUCGGAGCCACCGAUCCCGAAUUCGAUUUGAGGGCGACGAUCUGAGAUUUUCGAUGAUAACUAAGACUACACAGUAAGGCAUUUACCACUUUCUAAAAAUCAAUCAAGUAAUUAUAUAAUUUUUUUCUAAAGAAUUGUAGCCGUACACAAAGUUGUAGCUUACACAUUUUAAAAACCUACCUUUUUAAGAUAUCAUUCAUAAUAAGAUAUCAUUUAGAAAAAGAUUGCUGAAAUAUAACUUUGAGUUUUAUAAAAAAUAAGAAAAAGUGAUUACUUAAAAAGUUAGGUUAAAAAAGCGUUUAAAUGUUAGAAACGUUUAAGAUUAUAUUGUUUUUGAAACAUCUAAAAAGUUUAUAUCAUUCAAAAAAUUUUUGAUUUAAUUAUAUUAUUUAUUUUGCCAUCUUACUCCCAUUGUGCUUUUAAAUGUAAGCUUUCCUUUC